GCUACGUUCGCUUUGCUUGCUCAAACAAGCAGUCAAACAAGACGCACGUGUGUUGUUGUCAACUCAAAUCAGUUGCUUUUACUCUUCGUUUUUCUGUGCUGUACUUAAGGACACCAUUCAGAAUGCAAGGUGAAAUAGAAAACAAUGCGGUGGAGAUUUUGUAUCGUGACCUAGUUGGUGAAUUCUCUCAUUAUAGGAGUGAAGGGAUAUCAACUCUCAGAUCUCUUCCUCAUUGGUCUCUUCCUGCUCCAAAUUUGAAUACAAAUACUUCAUCUCACAUCCCACCGCGCUCAAGAUUUCAGUUCAAGGUUCGACGACCAAGACCAUUCUCAUUACCUUCAAAUGUUAAUCCAUUAAACUAUUGGGAUGGUGAUCCAUUUGACCAAAUGGUGAUCAUUAAAAAGAAAUGGGAAUCUCACAGAGAUUAUCUCAUUCGUCGAGCCAGGCAGGGACAUAAGUUUUCAGCUGAAAAUGAUCUGGAUGUAAAUAGAGUGAAAAAGAAUGAUAAGAAGAAGCAUAUUUAUUCUGUGGCUACCCAUUUGGAUCUUGUUCAGCAUAUAGAGAAAGACCCAUAUCCAGCUUUUUCUGGAAAUUAUAAUUGGUUUUACACUGGAGGAUGUAUCACCAGCUGUACUGUUAAUGGAGAAAGGUUUUUACUUUAUCCUGGUGGGAAAAAUAUGGACACUCUUUGUGUGAACCAGCAACAGGUGGCUGAAGAUGAAAACCAAGUGUGCACUUCUUUAUCUCUUUGUGAAGGCCAGAGAAUUCAUCAAAUAGUUGAGAAUAAAGGGUUGGUUGGAAUAAAGCAAGAAAAAGUUUGCUCUCUUGCACGGAUAAAGUAUGGAUCAAAUAAGCCACUCUCUGCUCAAACUCGCUUAGAAAUUCAAGAGGAAGAGGGAUUUUUUGUGAGCGUUGAUUUGGGACGAUUAGAGGGCAAACAAAUGUGUACCACUAACUCAAAGAUGCAAAUUAAGUUGUGGGACCUUUCAACAAGUUCAUGUUUAUCUACUGCUAAAGUUCCGCUCUCUGACAACCUAUCAAAUGCCUCUUGUUGGAGUUUUGUUAAAUUUAACAAUAAAUCACCAGAGCUGUUUGUCUUGGAUAGAAGCACUGUUUUUGUUAAAGAUUUGAGGAUGCCCUUUUCGGAAAAUUGUAUGGAAUUUUCACCAAGAGAGAUAAUAGAUGACUGUGAGGAAAUUUCUCUCUUGCUGAAUUCUGUAGGUCAACAAUUAGUGUAUGUCGCUUCAACACACAAAUUGCUAAGUCUUGAUGUUCGAUCUGGUUGGUGUCAACGCUGGACCCAUCUUAUGGAAGCACCACCAAUGUAUGGGUCAAUAUACUGCGAUGAAAGGAAUUUGGAGGAGGUGAUUUUGCUGAGCAGUUCUAUCCCUGAUGAUUCUGUUGCCAUAGUUAACUCAUGGAGGAAGGGAGAGCCAACGUCAGAAAUUUUACCACGAAGUUUUCAGUCUCUAAAGGACACUUUGAUACUUGCACGAUCCCGUGGACAGUGUCUUGGAGUGUCAUUGAAGCAAAGAUUGGAUAUGGCUACAUCUGGCCUAACAGUUGUUCCAACAGAAGACAAUGAUGGCUUCACUGCAUUUAAGUCCACAUCUAUAGGAGAUGUGUUCUAUCAACAGUUUGAGAGUGAUCCAAGUGCACUUGACUCAACUGAGUCUGCAUACUCCAAGGACGAAAUAGAUGCAGAUGUUGAAGCAUGGAAAAGAUGGUCAAAGGCCAAUGAUGUGAUAUGCUCUCAGAAUAAAGUGGAUUUGCAUUGUCCAGUAUACUCACAUGAUUUUUUGUUUAAUUCCAUAAAAAAACCAAUGCCAAAAUCUCGCAAGUAUCCUUACUACAAGGUUGUUGAAACAUGGCAUCAGUCAUUUCCCGAGAAAAAAAGAAGGUUACUCAAUAAAAAGAACUUCCCUUUUGAACGUGACUCAGUACCACUUCGUGCUAUAUUGAGUGAUUUAAGCACUUAUUCUGAUUUGAUGGCACGCAUUCUAUUGAACGCUUGGGACUCUGAGGGCCUUUAUGGUGAACCUCAACCAGCCAAGAAUGUGGAAGACUGGUUGAAUAGUAUUCCUGUGUCCAGCAAUGCAUCAAUGGAUGAAGAUGAGUUCAGCUUAAAUAGAAGUCUUCGUUCCAUUAGUCCUCAGCCGUCUUUCUCCGGAAGUUUGGGUUCCAUAACUCCUCAGCCUUCUUUUUCCAGAAGUGUACGUUCAGUUACUUCCCAACCCUUAAGUUUAAUGUCAAUGUUGGAUAGAGAUGACUUUAAAAUACCAGCUCCGCCUUCUAAGAAAAGAAAGAGGGAAAGUAUGGGAUUUUGAAGUUUCUUCGCGGACUGUUUCAAGUGAUAAAUACUAACCCUUCCCUACAAAAUAAGCAGAAUGAAAAUAAGGUUGCCAGAAAUACACAUUUCUGUUGCACUAUUAAACAGAUGAGUUUGGUAUUCUA